UCCGGUCCCUUGCUACUUCGCGGGUGAAGCGGGUCUCGCCCGGGCAACAUGGCUCGUAAGCGCACGGCGGGCGGGCAGCAGCAGGAACCCAAAUCAAGCCAUCAGAAGGCCAAGGGCAAGAGCACAGCCCGGUGUGAGGAGGCAGACGUCUUUGAAGAUGAGAAACCACCAAAGAAGAGCCUUCUCUCCAAAGUUUCACAAGGAAAGAGGAAGAGAGGCCGCAGCGAUCCUGCGGGCUCAGCAGGUGGUCCUACAAAAAAGAAAGUGGCCAAGGUGAUGGUUAAAUCUGAAAACCGCGAGGUUAGAAAGGAUGAAGCCCUCAGCGAUGGGGACGAUUUCAGGGACUUUCCAAGUAAACUCAAGAAGACACAGCAUCCAAAGAGAGGGGCUCCUGUGGACAAAGGCAGCCACAAAGGAGAGGAUGAGGAAGAAAGUGAAGACGACUGGGAAGAGGUCGAAGAACUUAGUGAGCCUAUGCCAGGUGAUGUGGGAGAAAAUUCAACCUUCUCUCAGUCUCUUCUGCCUGUGAAGCCAGUGGAGAUAGAGAUUGAAACGCCAGAGCAGGCGAGAACAAGAGAAAGAAGUGAAAAGAUAAAAAUGGAGUUUGAGAUGCAUCUUCGGAGGGUGAUGAAACGUUUCAACAAAGAAGUCCAUGAGGACACGCACAAGGUUCACCUUCUGUGCCUGCUAGCAAAUGGCUUCUAUCGAAACAGCAUCUGCAGCCAGCCAGAUCUGCGUGCCAUCGGCCUUUCUAUCAUUCCAACACGCUUUACCAAAGUGUUGCCUCGAGACGUGGACAGCUACUACCUCUCAAACCUGGUGAAGUGGUUCAUUGGAACAUUUACAGUUAAUUCAGACCUUUCAGUCAGCGAUCAAGAUAGCCUGCAGACUGUGUUGGAGAGGAGAUUUGGUAUUUACUCUGCACGAAAUGAGGAGGAAUUGGUCCAUAUAUUUUUACUGAUUCUCCGGGCUCUACAACUCCUGACCCGAUUGGUGUUGUCUCUACAGCCAAUUCCUCUGAAAUUCUCAGCGGCAAAGGGAAAGAAAUCUUCCAAGAAGAGAUCUACAGAGGAUCCUGGAGUCUUUUCAGAAACUUCCAGCCAAGUUCCAGAAGACCACACCAAAGCAAAGACCAGCAAAGGAACCAAACAAAAGGAAACCUCUUCUAAGGGCCCUGGCACUCCAGGUGCCAAAGGGAAGAGGAGCAAGGCGGGCAAAAAGAAGUGGAGUGAGUCCUCCUCCAGUGAGGAAGAAGAGGGCACACGGGGCAGGCAGGAGGAGGCAACCCAGCGACGUCCACGAGGCCAGAAGCGGCGGGUGGCCUCCAGGGUUUCCUAUAAAGAGGAGAGUGGGAGUGACCAUGCUGGCAGUGGCUCUGACUUUGAGCUCUCCAGUGGGGAAGCCCAUCACCUCUCUGAUGAGGAUUCUGAACCUGGCCUUCCAAGACGGAGGAAGGUGCCCACGGCUCAGAGGACAAAGGCUGGGUCCAAGAGUGCCUCCAGGACCCAGCCUGGAAGCCACCGUAAGCACCUAGGACUUCCAGCAGCAGCAUCAAGCUCAACCAGUAAGAGAAGCAAGAAAAUGUCCACUGAUGGGGAGGAGGCAGCACGAGGGAGCUCAGCUGGCGUAGAUCAGUGGCUGGAGGUGUUCUGUGAGCAGGAGGAGAAGUGGAUAUGUGUGGACUGUGUGCAUGGUGUAGUGGGCCAGCCUCUGACCUGUUACAGGUAUGCCACCAAGCCCAUAACCUAUGUGGUAGGCAUUGACAGUGAUGGCUGGGUCCGAGAUGUCACACAGAGAUACGACCCAGACUGGAUGACAGCAACCCGCAAGUUAAGGGUGGAUGCUGAGUGGUGGGCUGAGACCCUGAGACCAUACCAGAGCCCCUUUAUGGAAAGGGAGAAGAAAGAAGACUUGGAGUUUCAGGCAAAACACCAGGACCAGCCUUUGCCCACCUCGGUUGGCUUAUAUAAGAACCACCCUCUCUAUGCCUUGAAGCGGCAUCUUCUGAAAUAUGAGGCCAUCUAUCCUGAGACAGCAGCAAUCCUUGGGUAUUGUCGUGGAGAAGCUGUCUACUCCAGGGAUUGUGUGCACACCCUGCACUCCAGGGACACGUGGCUGAAGAAAGCAAGAGUGGUGAGGCUUGGAGAAGUCCCCUACAAGAUGGUGAAAGGCUUUUCCAACCGGGCCCGGAAAGCUCGACAUGCGGAGCCCCAGCUGCACGACCAAAAUGACCUGGGCCUGUUUGGCCACUGGCAGACAGAGGAGUAUCAGCCCCCUGUGGCCGUAGACGGGAAGGUGCCCCGGAAUGAGUUUGGGAAUGUGUACCUCUUCCUGCCCAGCAUGAUGCCGGUCGGCUGCGUCCAGCUGCAUCUGCCUAAUCUUCACCGCGUGGCCCGCAAACUGGGCAUCGACUGUGUCCAGGCUGUCACUGGCUUUGAUUUCCAUGGAGGAUACUCCCAUCCUGUAACUGACGGGUACAUAGUCUGUGAGGAAUUCAGAGACGUGCUCCUCAGCGCCUGGGAAAAUGAGCAGGCACUCAUUGAAAAGAAGGAGAAGGAGAAAAAGGAGAAGCGAGCUCUAGGGCACUGGAAGGUGCUGGUCAAAGGAUUGCUCAUCAGGGAGAGGCUGAAGCUCCGCUAUGGGCCCAAGACUGAGACAGCAGCUCCUCAUGCAGAUGCGGGAGGUGGACUCUCUUCUGAUGAAGAGGAGGGGACCAGCUCUCAAGCAGAAGCGGCCAGGAUCCUGGCUGCCUCCUGGCCUCAAAACCGAGAAGCUGAAGAAAAGCAGAAGCCGAAGUGCUCCCAGAAAACCAAACGGGAAAAGAAAGCAGAGGCUUCCCACCUGUUCCCCUUCGAGAAGCUGUGAUCCAAGUGCCUGCCAGGUCCUUGCUGUCUCCCACAGGUCCCACACCUAUGGGGUGCGGGAGCCAGGCCCCGGUGUUGGUGCCUUCCCUGUUGAGAAGACAGAAGCAGUGUGCGCUGCAGGCAUGGACCAGGGUAGAGGAGGCCAAGUUGAGGGGCUGCUGCAGGUCUGGGCUGGCCCCAGCCCUCGCCGCAUUCUCCCAGGGUGGGACUUUGAACACUUCAUCUACCAAAGCUCACCUAAUCUUUGAAUUACAGAACACUUUCCUGGGAAACCUCCUGCCUCCUAGCCCUGUUCUUCCCAUCUUUGGAAUUGUUUGUGGUCAGUUUUGUAUAGAAACCACUGGGAAAUUUCCGAAUAAUGGUGCAUUUAGGAAUGCACAAUCCUUUCUUCCCAUUAGUCCUCAUCUGUCAGACAGGUAUUCUCUUGCCCUGUCCCUGGACUUGGGACUCUUUCUCUGCAGGGAUUUAUUACCCCCUGAAUCAGCUUUACUAAUAUUGUCUCUUGCUGCCUCUUUGUAGAAGGGAGCGAGCCCAUGAGAGGCACAGAGCAUCUGGUUGUCAUGUUGCUGGGAUCUAGUCUUUGAAGUAACAUUUUGUUGUGGCAGAAAACUAGAACAAAACUAAAAUCAGGGAAGAAAAGGAAAAAACACUAAUUGAGAGUUUAGGAGAUGUUAGUAAACGUGAAUCAGUGUUAAACUGUAUUUUAUUCAUUACUGGAUCAAUUUAUAAAACUAUGCAAUAUAGAUGGUCAAGAGAAAUAACUUUUAUAACAUUUGGAGAAAAAUAAAGCAUUUA